CAACGACGGCCAGAGGAGACCCACCGGGGGGCGCUUAACCCUGCUGUCUUACCACAUGGAAUACUGAAGAUCCAACGUAAUGCCCUGAAAGUCAAUCAGGUGGCAGAUUGCUGAAAGUGCAUUUCCUACCGCACUUCGUACUUGCUGUUACUCCUUGUUAUUCCCUCCUCUUUUUCGUAUAAGGAUCGAAGUUGACCUGCUCCAACUCUUAUCCAAACUUCUGAGAUGGCGACUGAAUCCGUCUCCACGGCUUUGCCACUUCGCACGGCUAAGCAGAGCGAAGCCCAUCCGCUUGCGCCGCUCAAUGCUGGCGAGAUCCGGAACGCCGUCUUGCUCAUCAAAGCACAGUGGCCCGCCAAUGUGGAUCUAAGGUUCAAGUGCGUGACAUUGCACGAGCCUGCCAAAGCGGAAACAGUACCAUUCAUUGAGGCCGAGUUUCAUGGAUACAAUCUACCCAGGGUUGAUCGACGAGCUUUCUUGAACUACUAUCUUCGCAAUACUAACAAGUUCCACGAGGCAGUCGUCAAUCUCAGCACACAAACCGUCGAGAAGAACGUCAGACUCGGGCCAAAUCUGCACGGUCCCGGUGACGGCGAAGAGAUCCUCGCUAUCGAGCGGGUUGCACUGGGGGAUGAGGGAGUCCAAGCAGAGAUUGCAAAGCUUAAGUUGCCGGAGGGUGCUCACGUUGUGGUCGAUCCGUGGAUCUACGGCUCUGAUGGGGUUAACGACGAUGAGCGUCUUUGGCAGGCCUUCCUCUACAUGCGUGAUCCCGAAAACUCCGCCGAGGCCGACUCCAACCACUACGCGCUUCCGCUUACCAUCUCUCCGGUAAUCAGCUCCACGUCGAUGAAGGUCGUCCGCAUUGACCAUCUCCCUACCGGCAAGGACAACACAAUCAGCGGCCCCAAGCCGUAUCAGCGCCGCCCGGGCAACGAGUAUAUCUCUGAGCUUCAACAGUUGCGAACGGACCUCAAGCCACUUCACGUGGUGCAGCCAGAAGGUGCCAGCUUCGCUGUAACCAAUCAGGGUACGUCCCACGUGGUUGAGUGGCAGAAGUGGUCAUUCCGUGUCGGCUUCAACUACCGCGAAGGCAUGGUCCUUUACGACGUGCGCUACGAGGGUCGAAACCUGUUCUACCGUCUCUCACUAAGCGAUAUGAACAUUCCCUACGCUGACCCUCGACAUCCAUUUCACAAGAAGUCCGCUUUCGAUCUGGGAGAUGCUGGGGCGGGUGUUAUGGCCAAUGACCUUAAGCUUGGCUGUGACUGUCUGGGCUCGAUCCAUUACCUCUCAGCAGUGCUUGCAGAUGACAAGGGUGAACCGAUGAACAUGCCGAAUGUGGUUUGCAUCCACGAGCAGGAUGGUGGUAUCGGAUGGAAGCACACCAACUACCGUACCGGCCGUGCUGCUGUCGUCCGCAACCGUGAAUUGGUCUUGCAGUCCAUUAUAACGGUGGCGAAUUACGAGUACAUCAUGGCGUUCAUGUUCAACCAGGCUGGUGAGCUUGCAUACGAGGUCCGAGCCACUGGCAUCCUGUCCACACAGCCCAUUGACGACGGCCUUGAGGUGCCUUGGGGUACGGUCGUCCACCCUGGCGUCCUAGCUACACACCAUCAGCACAUCUUCUCGCUGCGUGUGGACCCUAUGAUUGAUGGCUACCACAACCGACUGGUGUACGACGAAGCCCUGCCCAUGCCAAGAAGCGACUUCAAUCCACAUGGCACUGGGUACUACACGCAGGAAACCGUGCUGGAAAAGUCUGGAGGGUACGACCUUGACUUUGAGCGGAACCGUACAUUCAAGAUCCAGAAUGUUGACGUGCGCAACGCGGUAAAUGGCAAACCCGUCGCUUACAAGAUCCAUGCUCCGCCGUUCCAGAAGAUCCUGUCUGAUACCGAGAGCUUCAAUCACAAGCGUGCGGAGUUCUCCGACAGCAACAUCUACGCGGUGCGGUACCGAGACGGGGAGCUCUACGCUGGCGGCCAAUAUACCAACCAAAGCAGGGGCGGCACUGGGGUACGCAGCUGGGCCAACCGGAAAGAAAACAUCAAGGAUGAGGAUCUGGUGGUCUUCGUCCAGUUCGGCAUAAACCACAUCCCGCGCAUAGAAGACUUCCCAGUCAUGCCAUGCGAGGUCAUCAAGGUCGCCUUGAAGCCUGUCAACUUCUUCGAGAGGAAUCCUGCCAUCGAUGUGCCCCCUAGUUCGCAGGAGUUCAAUAAGAGCACGCUGCUGAGCGAGCAGCAUCAGCAAGGGGCGACGGAGGGUGUCAUUGACGGGUCAGGCCAGGUUUGCUGCACCACGCCGGGGCCGAGCAGCAAGCUCUGA